AUAGGCGGGAGCGCUUUCAUUGGUCCAAAUGCCCCCCAAAACCACCGAUAACAUCUCCACCACUCCAUAUGAAUGGGCAAUGAGAAACUUCUCCACAAAAUUCCAUCCGCAGGACCAAGAAGAGCCAACGUCCCAAGAAAGAAAAUUAGGAGAAGAAAAAGAAAGCAUAGAGGACGAUAGAGAAGAAGAGAAAGAAGAAGAAGAAGAAAUAAGAGCUAUAUGUGAAUGGGAAUUCAAUCUCUCCACUACUGUCUCUUCUAGCACAGCCGGAGCCGUGUCGGACACUCUCGGAGUGAUCGAGUUUGACCCGUCUGACAGCUUUGUAGCCACCGGUGGUAUCGCGAGAAAGAUCAGAAUUUACAGUUUACGGUCUUUGCUGCCACAAGGUGAGCGUAAUAAUACCGCUUCCACUUUGUUAGACCAUGCCAGUGCAUGUGAGUUUUACAUCUGCACCCCAGCUAAGCUUAGCAGCAUGAGGUGGAAACCCGGUUCCGGCGGACGAGUUUUGGGGUCAGGAGACUAUGAUGGGGUGGUCAUGGAGUAUGACCUCGAGAGAAGAAUGCCCAUAUUUGAGCGGGACGAGCAUGGCGGCCGCCGAGUCUGGAGCGUGGACUAUUCGCAUUGUGAUCCGGUUAUAGGGGCAUCGGGGUCGGACGACGGCACCAUGCAGAUGUGGGAUCCACGAUGCGAAGGUGGGAGAUGCGUGGGUACGGUGCAGCCCAGCGUGGGGCGUAGUCCCGUCUGCUGUGUUGAAUUCAAUCCCGUUGCUGGGGCAUUAAUCGCCGUCGGAUGUGCGGACCGGAAGGCUUACGGGUACGACAUCAGAAGAAUGGCGGAUCCGGUUGUGGUGUUUGACGGGCACAGUAAAACCGUAACUUACGUUCGAUUUCUGGAUGCCCAAAUGAUCGUCUCAGCCGGGACGGAUGGGUGUUUGAAGCUGUGGAAUAUCAACGACUCCCGUGUGAUUCGCACCUACAAGGGACACGUGAACAACCGGAACUUUGUGGGGUUAUCAGUUUGGAGGAAUGGCGGGUUACUCGGUUGCGGAUCGGAGAACAACCAGGUUUAUGUGUACGAUUUGAGGUGGGGCGAGCCUAUAUGGGUGCAUGGGUUCGAGCCAGUGAGUAGAGCCGGGCGCGAGUAUGGGUUCGUCAGUAGCGUGUGUUGGAGGCAAGUGGGUGACGAAAGCUGCACACUCGUGGCAGGGGGAUCAGAUGGAGUUCUGCAGGUUUUUGUGGGCAAAAGGAAGCCAGGCACGCACAAAUUGUUGUCACGCCCCUUUGCACGAUGAAAAAGAGUAUGGCGGCAGGGUUCAGUCGACUCUGAUCUCUUGAAGAUACUGAACAUUAACUUACUUUGACCUAGCUAAUUGGAAAUACAGUACUCAAAUAACUAUUGGAGAUCAGAUUGUCAAAGAUUUUUAAUUAAUUGAAUCAUGAUUGAAAUAUUUGUUCUCA